CAUCCGGUUGUGUCGACAAGGGUGAGCGUCGAGCGAGCGUUGGGUGCUGUUUUUCGUGGAUCGUGCACACGCGUCCAGACGUUUUCCACGAACGUUACUGUGUCAUGUCGUCGAUGGAUCGAUAGCAUGUACGAGGAAAGGAAAAUGUUGCCGGUACGUCGUGUUCGUCCCGUGUCGAGGGAAGCAUGAGUGGUAAACGGCGCGUGUUCGUGCGGCAGAACGCGUAGAAACGUGACCGAACGCUGCGAUUUUCGUGGUUUGUCACGCGAACGGCUGACGAUUUACGUGGCUGUUGCACUGCGCGAAAAUGAAGAGGCAGAAUGUCAGGACCCUGUCACUGGUAGUGUGCACCUUCACGUAUCUGUUGAUCGGAGCGGCUGUGUUCGACGCUUUGGAGUCGAAUACCGAGAGGAAACGUUGGGAGUUUCUCUCUGAGGUCCGUCGAAACAUGAUAAAGAAGUACAAUAUCACUCAAGAAGACUACAGGAUGUUGGAGAUUGUUAUAAUAGAGAAUAAACCACACAAAGCGGGUCCUCAGUGGAAAUUCGCGGGUGCCUUUUAUUUUGCGACGGUUGUGCUCGCUAUGAUAGGAUAUGGACACUCGACUCCAGUCACCAUAGGAGGCAAAGCAUUUUGCAUGGCAUACGCCAUGGUAGGCAUUCCCUUGGGUUUGGUGAUGUUCCAGAGUAUCGGUGAACGUCUAAACAAAUUUGCAUCGGUGGUGAUCAAGCGAGCGAAAACGUAUCUACGUUGCCAGAAAACUGAGGCGACGGAAAUGAACUUGAUGCUUGCUACAGGAAUGCUUUCGAGCAUAAUUAUUACAACUGGAGCUGCCGUGUUUUCUCGUUACGAGGGUUGGAGUUAUUUCGAUAGCUUCUACUAUUGCUUCGUCACGCUGACCACCAUUGGUUUCGGCGAUUACGUUGCUCUUCAAAACGACCAUGCACUUUCCAAUAAACCUGGAUACGUGGCCUUAAGUUUAGUCUUCAUCCUAUUCGGACUGGCUGUCGUCGCUGCCAGCAUAAACUUGCUGGUGCUUCGUUUCAUGACAAUGAACACGGGAGACGCUCGUCGCGAUGAGAGCGAGCUCCAACCAGCUUCCCACCACGUUUUGACCCUCGACGGAGAAGUUGUGGCGGUAAAUGGAAAAUUAUUAGCUGGCCACAUGCCGAUCGUCCACGACAGCGACGACUGCGUGAGCGUAUGUUCGUGUACUUGCCUAGGACCAGCGAGUUCCGAGCUCCUCGACCAAGGAUACCAAGGAUACAGACCACCUUCGACUUCUGCCAGUAUUCGUAUGAAACGUGCGUCAGUCUGAUGGAAGGAGUUCCGUCGUCGUAGUUUACGUCGUCGACUCUCGAGGACCGACAGCAGAGAGCUACUCGGUAUCGACGUGUGAAGAACCGAGUCGAAAGAAGGAAGAAACAUUUGUCAAGUUUGAUAAACAAAAAGAAAAAGAAUGAAAUGAAAAGGACUGAAGAGAAAAAUAUUAAACGAAAAUUUGACCAAGUUCCACGAUGUUCCAUCGGACCGAAGUUCGACAUUGUGUUCUUAAAUAUCUACCUUAAAGCGUUCAACCACAGAUUCGUGCUAGUUCGUUCAUUUUCGAAGACGUAUUUUCAAAGAAAAUUGAAGAGAAAGUGACGAUUUAUAGAGUCGCAGUUCGAACAGAUGAAUUAUAAUAAUCAGCUCACGUAAUGUUACGAGAAAGUAGGUUGUAGAGAUAAUGGGGGAAAAAAAAGGGGAUCGUUUGUAGACGAUUUUGUAACGAUUUCGUAUGUUUCAUAUCGUUCCAUACAACAGUGAAUAUCGGGCGAAUUCCUGUCACAAUCGUAGUCGUUGCUCCGUGAAUGUUGCAUUGAUAUUCAAUCGAGAAAUGAGAUUGUUUUAUUACUUGGAGAAUUACUUAUCGUCUACCAAAUCAGAUCUUUCAAAUAUACUUAAAAGCAAAUCCUAUUGAAAUACAAAUUAUUUAUACUGAUAAUUCCAAACUCUUAAGCUUCACCUAUUUAAUAAUACAAGCACGACAGAGUUUAGCAAGAAUUGGAAAAAUUUCAUGAAUUAACAAAACUGAAAUAUUGAAAUAACAACGAAAUUUUGAAGCCAUAAGUUAAGUAUCCUGUUUCGAGUACUAUUCUAAAAUAAAGCGAUUCUCGUAAGAAAAGGAACAAUCUCAUUCCACGAAGGUAGAGCUAGCGAUGAUUGCCGCCUUGUCUCGCUCGAGAUCUACGAGAUCUCGUGACGAUUAUUUAUACGUAUACUCGAUUAUAAAUACGGCAGAAUAAUACCCUCGCCUGGAUAGAGUGAUUGUUAAAAUAUACACGACUCAAUGUUUGUACUAGUAGACUAGUAACGAUGAAAGUCACCAUAACGCAACGUUCAAUUUGUGUAAUCGUUGAUCGACGAAAGAAAAAAAAAAAAAAA